AUGGCAACCUACAACCCGCCCGCCUUUCCGCGCCGCCCGAAACACUCCAGCGUCUUCUCCGAGCUACGCUACUCCUGGGAGCUCCACUACUACCGCUACCAAAUCAACACCGCGUUGUACGUCAUGUCGCCGGGGGAGAAGCUGGCGUACAAUCUGAUUGUGCUGUCCGCGGUGGUCUUCUUCCUGACCGCCAUCGUCUACUACCUUCCCAGCGCGGUAUAUGUGUCGAUGGAGCGGCUGGCGUAUUACUUGACGGGGAGCAGGAAGAUGCACGUUGCUGCGAUUCACGGAGCGGCGAAGGCGAUGGAACAGAAGAGUCUGGCUGGUGUUGCGACGUUGAUUGACGGGAGAGGGAUGGGGCUGAAUAAUGCGAGUUGGGAGUUUGUGCUUUGA